AAUGAACACGUGAAUGCAACAAAAGUUCGGUCCGGAGAGUCAACUUGUGACAUCUACAGUCAUGGAGGAAAAACAAAGCAGUACGGAUAUCAAUUUCUCACCAGACCCUGGAGGGGCAGGAACAGAGCAAGAUGCCCCAUGUGACCAAAACCCACAGAAAAUAAUAAGCAGACAGUUGACUGAACAGAGCCGAUUUGCUUAUGCUGCACUGUGUGGUGUCUGCUUGGGCCAGUUGUUUACUGGACCUGAUAGUGUUUUUAGGGAGCAGUACUUGCAGGGGUUGGUCCACUGGCUGGACCUGGAUGAGUCGGUGAUGCCGGUUAUGAGGGCUUUUUUAUCAGGACUGGGGUUCGAGGGUUCUGACACCUUUCUCUCCACCCUGCAGGCUGAUCCAAUGCUGGCUGAAGGAGCAACCCUGAUCAUACAGGAUCUGGUGUCCUUUUCUGUCAAAGAUGGUCAAUAUGAUGCCAGGGCCAGAGUCCUUAUCCGGCAUGUUAGCUGUCUGCUACGAGUGUCUCCGCAACAGCUGGAGGAGUUUGAGCAGACGCUGGGAGAGAGCCUGAGGGAAGCAGGAGAGGAGAGCAAAGAGGAGUCGUCUAGGCGACUGAAGAAAGAAAGAGGAAGGAAGUUAAGGCGUUACCUUCUCAUUGGGCUGGCCACAGUGGGUGGAGGGACUGUGAUUGGUGUAACAGGUGGACUGGCUGCACCUUUGGUGGCAGCAGGAGCUGGCGCCGUGCUUGGGGCAGGAGGUGUUGCUGCCCUGAGCUCAGCCACUGGCAUUGCUAUAAUGGGCUCUCUGUUUGGUGCAGCAGGGGCUGGACUGACUGGUUAUAAGAUGAAUAAGUGUGUUGGGGCAAUAGAGCAGUUUGAAUUCCUGCCACUGAGCUCUGGGAAGCAUCUUCACCUGACCAUCACUGUAACAGGUUGGCUCUGUAGUGGUAAAUACAAUUCGUUCCAGGCCCCGUGGUGCAGCUUGGGUGAGUGUGGAGAACAGUACUGCUUGCUGUGGGAGUCUCGUUUCCUCAGGGACCUGGGUUCAGCCAUGACCUCUCUGUUGGAUGGGCUAGUCAGCAUGGUGGCUCAGGAAGCCCUGAAGUACACAGUGCUCUCAGGCAUUGUGACUGCUCUGACAUGGCCUGCAUCCUUGCUAGGGGCAGCCAGCGUGAUUGACAACCCCUGGUGUGUUUGUCUUAACCGCUCGGCUGAGGUGGGGAAACACCUGGCACAGGUUUUGAGAAGCAGACGGCAGGGAAAGCGGCCUGUGAGUUUAAUAGGUUUCAGUCUCGGAGCCAGAGUUAUCUACUACUGUCUACAGGAGCUUGCCACUGAAGAAGGAAGUGAGGGAGUAGUCGAGGAUGUGGUCCUCCUGGGGGCUCCAGUGGACGGCUCUGAAAAGGCCUGGGAGAGAAUGGUGAAAGUAGUGGCUGGAAAAAUAGUAAAUGGAUACUGCAGAGGGGAUUGGCUCCUGGGGUUUUUGUACCGCAGCUCAGCUGCACAGCUGUCUGUUGCUGGGCUGCAGCCAAUCAACAUCCAUGAUCGACGAAUAAUCAAUGUGGAUCUUUCCUCUGUGGUGAAAGGUCACUUGGACUAUAUGCGUCAGAUGGACACCAUCUUGGUGGCAGUGGGAGUUCCCACCAGAGAAGUUCCAGGAGCUUCCUUUGCUGUUCCUCAGUCUGUAACGGUUACAGAGGGGACAGUGGGCAUCCCUGAGCAAUCCACCAAGGAGCAACAACUGAGCAUGACACAAAACCCUGCUGAGAAGGCUGAGACUUGUUCACAAGAAAGCAAAGACUGGAAUGAUGUGGCAGAGACUGAGGGGAUGGUUGAUGGCUGGGACAUCCCUGAUAUUUCAGAUCUGUUGGACUCGGUAAAUGAUAUGGAAUCAGAUGGUGAACUCUCAGUCAGGAACAAUAUACAGUUUGCUGAUAAUCCCACAUCCUCGGAUUUAAAUUCACAGUUUGACCAUGCAGAAGAGGCUGGCCUGGAUUAUGAACAUGUAUCAUGGAGCUGGGAUGAGACACACUGGACUACAGAGCACUCAGAUAAAUGAAAGCAGCUGUACUUGUAAAGAGCAUGUUCCAGGACCAGCUGCUUCAUGCAAAGUCUCACUGAGAAAAUAUUUAUUUCAUUCAUAACACAUUCACAUGCCACAGACUGCACAAGAAUCAGUGCACACAUAUGGCAGCUUCUACAAAAAAAAAAAGCCUCUUGAAUUAACUGCUUUGUUUCACUACUUCACAGUUUUUGUAGACAAACUGAAUUAUUAAUUUAAUAAUAAUUGAGAAUGUUGUAGACAGUUUCUUUAACAAACUUUAAAUGUGGUGACUUGUUUGCUGUGAGAUCCAAAACCUGUAAUAUAUCUGCAGUUUGCAGGUUUAGUGGAUAAGUGAUAACUCUGUCCCUUGCCUCUUGCCUAUUUUUAUCUGUUAGCUUGGUUGCUAUGGAUAUAAUCACAACAAUUUGUUUUCCAUAAGGCUGGGGGAAGUUCUGUAAAUGUGUUUUCUUCACAUCCUUUUUUCGUUCCCUCUAUUCUGUUCCACUCAUAAGAAUGGAAAACAGAUUUUAAAAGAGAGUUUAGUUACAUUGUACAGGUAGUGGAAACUGGAAAUAGUCUGAAGCUUGAAAUGGUAUAAAAUGUGAAAGUCAAGCAUACUGUAUUUUCUUCCUUCUCUUUCCUUGUUCAAUGUUUCUCAGUUUAAGCAUCUUAAUUGAUAGUAAGUCAUUCAUUUGAUGAGUUUCAUACUUGCCAUGAAUCACUCUUCCACUAUAAACCCUUACCUAACUUA